UGGUCGCUGCCCCCCAGCACGGCCCGCGCUUCCUUCUCCAGCUCCUCGUUCUCUGCCAGCACCUCCGCCAGGGACACCACGGGUUCCUCCGCGCCGCUCCCGCCGCUCCCCGGCUCGGCGCCCUCCGGAGCCGCCGCCUCCAUCGCCGGGACGCGAAGGCCGAGGAGCGCGAACCGAGGCGGGAAACACGGGGCCAAGGAGGCGCCAGGGGGCGCCACAGCGGAAGCGGAAUCGCGCGCGCCCCACGUGACCGUGGGCGGCGUGUCACCGCGGGGGGGGGCGGCCCGCGCGGCCGGCACGUGACCGGCGGGGCGGGCACAUGAGCGGCGGGCGGUGAUGGCGGACCUGGUGGCCGAGACGGAGCCGGGCCCGGGCCGGGAGCUGGUGGCGGAGCUGCGGGGCCGCGACGGGCGGACGCGGACGGUGCGGGUGCCGUACCCGGCGGCGGAGGAGGGCGAGGCCGCCCAGCUGCGCGGGCUGCGGGGGGCCCUGAGCGAGCUGCAGGAGCGGGUGGUGGAGCUGCUGGCGCCGCUGGUGCAGGAGGAGCGGGCGGCAGCGGGCGGCGCGCGGCGCGGUGGCGGCGGGGAUGAUGACGACGACUACGAUGAUGACGAGGAGGAGGAUGCGGGCGAAGACGAAAACAACGUGGACGCGGCGGCGAGCGGCGAUGACCCUCCGGUGAAGCGGACGAAGGUGCAGCAGCCGUGAGGGCGGCGCUGGAGGCCGGGCCUGCGCCUGGACAGGCUGUUCCGACUGUAAGUGUCCCGGGCCCGCUGCACGGACUGGCUCUUGCGGCGCUGCUGCUCCUGUUUAAAUGCGAAAUGUCCAUCCCGACACUGUUUUAAUACGGAAGCCUUUCCGAAAGGAUGCGCCUGGGUGUGAGCAGCGUGUUGUUUACAGGGUGCCAGUGUUAUGCUGGCACCAGUUUUUUGGUAAAUUAGUUGGCAAGUAUAGACUUUUCUCACAAAUCAUCUGAUUGGUAUGUUUUUAAUAACUUAUUCUGAGUCACAGUAUUUCUUCAUGUGACACCACUUUUAAAAUAAAGCAGUAAAACUUCAAAAGA